GACGCCUUUCGCGGCCGGACUCCCGCGGGAUGACAGGAGGGCUGAGGCGGGGAGCGAUGGCGCUGCCCGUGGGCGCCUCCCGCAGCCGCUGCCCGUGGGCCCUGCGGGUCCCCGCGGCCCACCCGCGCCGGUACUUCCUGCUCCCGGCGGCGGACCAGGCCAAGCCCGGCCGGGCCGGGUUCCCGCGGCCUCCCUCUCCCCGCCGGGCCGCCCUUGCGCCCCCUCCCCGCUUGCCCGUGGUCCCCGCGCGCCCCUGCAGCGGCGGCCCCGAGCCCGGCGGGCGGCGGAAGGCCGGCGUGGUGGUGGUCGGUGUGCCCAACCCGCUCAUGUGGCUCCGCACCCGCCUCUACUUCUUCCUCGUCCGCGCCUACUUCGACCAGGAGUUCAGCGUCCACGAGUUCACGGAAGGGGCCAAGCAGGUGAGGAGGGGCUUUGGGCAGGAGCCUCAGGGGGUCAGGAUCCACGGGGCAGCAGAGCCCCAUAUCACGUCUUUCUCCCCAUCGGCCCUUGCCAGGGCCGGAUUUUACUACAGUGGUACCUCAGGUUACAUACGCUUCAGGUUACAUACGCUUCAGGUUACAGACUCCACUAACCCAGAAAUAGUACCUCGGGUUAAGAACUUUGCUUCGGGAUAAGAACAGAAAUCAUGCUGCGGUGGCAGCAGGAGGCCCCAUUAGCUAAAGUGGUGCUUCAGGUUAAGAACAGUUUCAGGUUAAGUACGGACCUCCGGAACGAAUUAAGUACUUAACCCGAGGUACCACUGUAUAAGCUAAACAAGCUAUAGCUUAGGCCCGCACUCUCUUAAGUAAAGGUAAAGGGACCCUGACCAUUAGGUCCAGUCGUGACCAACUCUGGGGUUGCAGCGCUCAUCUUGCUUUAUUGGCCGAGGGAGCCGGCGUACAGCUUCCGGGUCAUGUGGCCAGCAUGACUAAGCCGCUUCUGGCGAACCAAAGCAGCGCACGGAAACGCCGUUUACCUUCCCACCGGACGUGCUUUCGAACUGCUAGGUUGGCAGGAGCUGGGACAGAGCAACGGGAGCUCACCCCAUCACAGGGAUUCUGACCGCCAACCUUCUGUCGGCAGAUCCUAGGCUCUGUGGUUUAACCCACAGCGCCACCCACAUCCCACGAACCACCUGCAUCCCACUCUCUUGGGGUCCCCCAAAAAAUUAAAGGACAAAAAACUGUCUGUACAUUUUCCAAAAUAUAAGAUAAAAAACAAAACAAAAAAUAAAACCUACAUACAGUAACAGUGUUGUGCGUUGUGUAGGCUCCUAUUUGUUAUGUUCAAAUUAUUUUAGAUACCUGUUAAGUCCAUAAAUUACCAUAUAGCAUAUAUUCAACACAAAAAACAGUCAAUUUGUUGUUGACAAAGGACAGCUGGCUAUAUAAAGGGCCCCAUUACCUUCAGUAGCUUGGGGCCUCAUCAAACCUAAAUAUGGCUCAGCUUGUCGCUGAUGCAGAUCUUCCCUCGCCCCUUCUUUUCUGGCAGGAAGGGGGUGUCAUUUUGGGAUCCGCCUCAGGCGCCAAAAUGUAUUGGGUCAACCCUGGGUUAUGGCGACCUUGUCUUUCUUCUUCUUUGGCAAUCACUUGUAGCCGAGUAAGGUUGUCUUCCGUGAACACGGUGUGAGUCCAUGACUGCGGAGGCCAAUUCUGGAUCCGCACGUCCUUCCACAGUGGGGACAUAGGUUUCCAGACAAGAGUUGAUCACGGUGAGGGAUUGCCAAACCUGCCUUCCUCUUAGCACAUUUCUCCCUUUCGUCCUGAGGUCGAGCAUCUUCAAAGUCCAUGACACCUUUGGUAGAGGCUAUUCUACAAUUGGAGCACUCGCAGGCCAGUGUUUCCCAGUUGUCAGUGUUUAUGCUACAUUUAUACCAUUCAUGGUUCACUAGGGACCCUGGUGGUUCUGUGGUCUAAACCACUGAGUCUCUUGGGCUUGCUGAUUGGAAGGUCAGCAGUUCGAAUCCGCAUGACAGGAUGAGCUCCUGUUGCUUUGUCCCAGCUUCUGCCAACCUAGCAGUUCGAAAGCACGCCAGUGCAAGUAGAUAAAGAGGUACCACUGCGGCAGGAAGGUAAGCGGCAUUUCCGUGCGCUCUGGUUUCCGUCACGGUGUCCCGUUGUGCCAGAAGCGGUUUAGUCAUGCUGGCCACGUGAUCUGGAAAGAAGUCUGCGGGCAAACAUUGGCUCCUUUGACCUGAAAAGCAACAUGAGCACUGCAGCCCCAUAGUCGACUUUGAUUGGACUUAACCAUCCAUGGGUCCUUUAUCUUUACCUUUUUUUGCACAUGGUACAGUGUCCUCGUAUCAUGCCAUUGGGCCUCCUUGACACAGCAAAGCAUAAAAGUAUAAAACUGUAGGGUUGGAAGCGACCACGAGGGGCAUCUAGUCCAACCGCCUGAAAUGCAGGAAUCUUUUGCCCGCUGUGGGGCUUGAACCCACAACCCUGUGAUUAAGUGUCUCAUGCUCUUAUUGAUUGAGCUAAGGCAGAAAUUCGACGGGUGAAGCUGCCCAAGCUCUGACUUCUUGAAGAAAAAGUCAACCUUGCAAAUGAGCCCACAGGGGUUACUGGCCUGUCCUGUUUCAAAACCAGCAACUACUGAAGUAGCUUGUUUUUCUAUGCUGUCUGCAGAGGAAAGGUAGCCUAUCCCCCUCCCCUGCCUAGCAUGAAAAUCCAAGUGGCAAGCAUUUUAGCAAGCUAGUGUUGUUAUUUAUUUUUAUAUUUAUAGUUAUUAUUUAUAUUUAUUAUUUAUUUAUUUCAUAUCCUGCUCAGUUGUACAAAAACAAGAACAAAGUGGUUUACCAAAAUGAUAAAACAAUAAAAUCAAGAAACAAUUACAACCAUACAUUAAAACAUUACAAAAGUUAAAACAUUAAAAAGAGAUUACGAUUACCUAGUAAGGUAAAGAAGUGAAAUUAUCUUAUAUCAAAUAAAGUGGUGGAGGAAGGAUGCAACAGUCCUGCCACUUUCGCCAGCCUGCUUGGUUUCAAUGCUGGUUGUGGUUCCCCUUUCUCUUCAGUUACUGUGGAAGCCAAGGGAAUAAUGAGAAAACUAUGCUACUUCCACCUAGCAGUCCACUCAUUCCUGGUUACAUGUGGCAAGUUGUUAAGUGUAAGUCUCUUACAAGUGAAAUCCAUGGAGGAUACCAGUGAUAACUAAAUGGCCCCUCUGGGCACAUGGACUGUAUUGCUUUGAGUAUUAGAUGCCAAGGAAAAACAGUGAUGGAUGUUGAAUUAGAUGAAUCCUUGGUCUGAACCAACAGGAUCCUACCUCUCUUUCCCUGCCUCCCUACCACAACUACUCCAAAAGUCUAGUGAUGAAGACUGCAGUGACUAUGCCAUUCCUUAGUUUUCAGGAUACUGUUAAAGGUACAUCAAUCCAGCUAAGAAAGAAAGGUGGCAUCCCUAACUCUGAUUUCCCAGUUGCUUGAAAUUCUUCUCUAUUGAUCCUUUUUCUACUGCACUACCUCUUGGUUGGGUAGGAGAGCCCUUCCUCCUUUUCUCUGGCACUAUCCAUCAUUUGAGUCCGUUUUCAAGUUGCACAAACAGGAUACCAUUAAGCAGUCUAGGCAACUGAGCAUAAAAUAACUACCACUCCCUGUUUGCCAUUGCUUUGUUUGGGAAUAUAGCUGAACAACAAGAGCACAUCGAUUUGUGAGACAUAAUAUGUACUUAAUACACAGAGAGAAUACUGUGAAUUUACUUUGGAGUAAAAAAUUUAUAUUUGUUUGUGUGUCCUGUCUUCUAGGCUUUUGCUCUUGUUUCAAGGCUAAUUUCUCAGUGUAAAUAUGAUCUACUGGAGGAGCUUGUAUCAAAAGAGGUAAAUGUUUAUUUCCAUUGUUAUGGUGAAACUGAUAUAUCCAUUGUUCCUUAAGCUGACGUAGUAGACCAAGACUAGAAUACAUUAUUUGGGUCAUAUUUACCCCCAUCUAUUGCUUAAGCAGGAAUAGCAACUGACACCUCAAAAAACUGGGUUUAGCACCUGAGCUUCUGGUAACAGAAAGCAGGAUGUAUCCUCCUGUGUCCUGCAGUUUAAAACCUACUCACUGCCACUUCGUACUCUCUUCAUUCUUUCUUCAGUCCCCCCCCCCAUUUAACUCCCUCAGUUCUACUGCCAUCUCUUAAAGAAGCACAGGUCCAUAGCUCUUUCAGUGGGAAGGCUCAUUCCUGGAGGAUGUAGUACUACUAGGAAGACCAUCUAUGAACACAUGCAGAGUACUUCUCCCCUCAUCAGUGAGCUAUCUCCACCACCAGCCACUCAUGGGGGGAAAGGCUCCCAAGUUAGAGACUGUAACCUUUAUGGAGGGACUAAGUUGUGAGACCUGAAUCUCUCAGUUAAGCACCUUGUGAAGAGGAGUGUGCCUGGUGCCCAAACUCAGCUCCCUGUAGAGCACAUCCUUGGAGAUCCUGCUGUCUUCCAUUCUGUAGAUGUGUUAACAAUGAUCCCUUCUCAAUCAGAUGCUGCAGGUGCUGAAGGAGAAGCUCUCUUCACUUUCUGAAAGCCACAGAAGUGCCCUAGCUGCUGACGUGGAUGAAAUAAUGUACACAACAGCAGGAGAUGUUGGCAUUUACUAUGACGACAGUGGUAUGCAACCGGUUCAGAAUGCUUUACUUUAAAUCCUUUGGCCACUUUUGGGAAACACUUAUCAUCCGUUGUCUGUGAUACUGUUCAAAGUACUUUUCUUCAAUCUGAUGCUAACAUUAAUAAUAUUAAGGGCUUCUAUGCCACUAGGGGGACGCGGGUGGUGCUGUGGAUUAAACCACAGAGCCUAGGACUUGCCGAUCAGAAGGUCAGCUGUUCGAAUCCCCGCGACGGGGUGAGCUCCCGUUGCUCGGUCCCUGCUCCUGCCAACCUAGCAGUUCAAAAGCAUGUCAAAGUGCAAGUAGAUAAAUAGGUACCGCUCCAGCGGGAAGGUUAACGGCGUUUCUGUGCGCUGCUCUGGUUCACCAGAAGCGGCUUAGUUAUGCUGGCCACAUGACCCGGAAGCUGUACACCGGCUCCCUCGGCCAAUAAAGCGAGAUGAGCACCGCAACCCCAGAGUCGGUCACGACUAGACCUAAUGGUCAGGGGUCCCUUUACCUUUACCUUUAAUAAUAACUUCCACUGUAUUAAGCAUGGGGCUCAUUCUCUCUUUGGCAUGGCAGUUUUUGAGUGGACAAAGACCUAAAGCAGGCUUCCUCAACCUUGGCUCUCCAGAUGUUUUUGGCCUACAACUCCCAUGAUCCCUAGCUAGCAGGACCAGUGGUCAGGGAUGCUGGGAAUUGUAGUCUCAAAACAUCUGGUGGGCCGAGGUUGAGGAAGCCUGACCUAAAAUCUUUAAGCUGAUUAAGAACCUUUGAAUAGCUGAGUGGAAGUAACAUCCUUUCUCCAUCAACAAUCUGUUGUCCCACCACCUUCCUCACCUCCUUGAAAGCUGUAGUAGGUGUAUAAUAGCCUUCCAAAUUAGGCUGUAUGUGUGUGUUUGUUCUUAAAUGGAGCAUCUUUCUGCUCCAUCCUUUUUGUACCAAUCCACUUGUCAAGCUGUAGAAUCGUAUUUCCUCUUCUAAUACUCUGUUUAUCUUGAAAACAGGAAGAAAGUUUGUUAGCAUCCUGAUGCGUUUCUGGUAUCUGACGAGUGCAGACCUCCCUGAUGAGACUCCAGAUGGAACCAAAAUAUUCCAGGUCGUGUUUGGAGAUGAGACUUCACAGGAAACGAAGCGUCUUUUAACAGCAAAUUAUGAGUAAGCACAUCCUUGGUUUUCUACGUGGCCACAGCAUUGUGCUCUGUGUAUAAAGAAACUCCCAUCAAAUCAGUGCAUUUUAGCUCAGGGUGUACUUUCCUGAAGAGAAAAACCCAUGCCAUUGUGAGAAAGCCACUUAGUUGACUAUUUUCUCUCCUGAAAUGUGAGCAACAGUAAGGUGGGUGUGGGGGAUGAAGAAGAUGAUCGAAUUUAUGCACUUAUAAUUGUGAAUAAUACAUAAAUGUGAAAAAGUGGCAAAUAAAAGUCGAGGCCAUUAAACAUUAAACUCCUGCAAAAGAGAGAAUGUUUUAACAGGUCUCCUAAAGUAUCGAUACAGAAACAUUAAGAUUUGAUUGGUUUAUUGUCCCAACAUUUAUUGUACCAUUGGGAAGUAUCCAGCUAAAUAAAAAAAUUGUGAGAGUGGAAGAACCAUUGGACUUUCUCUGCACCCCACACAAUCCCAAAAUCUGCUCCAGAGGGUUGGGGGGAACCCAAAACAGAUUAUCAGGAGUACAGGGGGAGAAGAGUAGGGAAAUGUUUCCUUUUGCAAGGAGAUAACCUUGUGCUGGUGGAAUAUUUGCCUUAUUUCUACAUUGAAUACAACCCACUGGGAUUAAGCAGCCAAGUUUGAGCCUAUUAUUACAUUACCAAACGAUACUUUAUCCAUCAGUUCAGUACUGGAUUUGCUACAACACUAAAAGCGUUAUAAAGGAUUUGCGAAAGUUUUACUGCUUGGCUUGUGUUAUAGUCUCUUAUUUCUGUUCUUUCUCCCCCCCCCCCCCCCCCAGAUUUCGAAGAGAAUUUACACAAGGUGUGAAACCAGACUGGACAAUUACACGGAUUGAACAUCCAAAGCUAUUAGAAUGAAUUGACUGGACACUUUCAUAGACAGUUAUUAAUAUUCUGGCAUAUCAGAAGACAUCUCAAGAUUUGUGUGCCACAAUCUUUUGUGGACUGCUUUUGUACUUCUUGAUUACCGGAACACAGUCUUGCUCCAAAGCAUAAAAAUAAAAUCUUUUUCAGCAGACUUGGAAA